AUGUUUAUCUUCAUCAAACAUGGAGAUAAUCAAGAGUUUCUGGUCAAUACUAACUGCUCUGUCCUCCUGUUGCUGCACUACAUCAAAAAGAAAAUGGGAUUACGAAAAACAGACACCAUUGACUUGUGCGAUGAAUCGGGAACCCUGAAGUUAUUCUUCCUGUCGAAGACACCUGGAGACUAUGCCAGCAAAUUCCUGACAGUUCGCAAUACGUACUACGUUUGUAAAGUAGAACGUGGGGCACCAGGUACCAGGAUUGAGAAUGCCUACAAAGCUAUUGUGCCCCUUCUGAAGAAUCCAGAACCUGAACUAGUUGACUCCCUGCGCACACAAUGUGACUUCCUGGAAAGGAGCCGAAUAAAGAUGCUUAGAACUCUAGAAGCUAAGAGAUUGGCAGCCAUAGAAUCCUCUGUAAAUCUCUCAGCAAGAGCGCAGAAGGGAAGUGGAGCCCAGCAGAGCCCAGGCCCAAGCAGCCAACUGAAGUCCAAAGCUGGACGGUCAGAUGAAGACGGGCCACCUCCCACCCGCAGACCAUACUAUAAGACCAGAGCAGACUUUCUCAAGAGACAUCGUUAACUCAAUAAAGUGACCAAGUGAGAGCAGCAACUACCAGGGGAGAGCCUGAAAUCACUGGAUUUUAACGUGAGGUUUCUUUUUCUAGAAAGACUCCUUCUAGUAGUAUCUGCA